CGCUGCAGUCAUUGAAUCUUUCAACUAGCCCCCAUUAUUCUACAUUUCUUUCACAUCAUGAAGUUUUCUCAGAGCCCAGCAUCCAAGCGAUUUCUCUCCGACUUCACACUAGGCUUCUCAGAUGGACUGACCGUACCCUUUGCCCUGACGGCAGGGCUCAGUUCCCUCGGCAAGACAGACACAGUCAUCUCUGGAGGCCUAGCCGAACUAUGUGCGGGCAGCAUUAGCAUGGGAAUUGGCGGUUACCUGGCAGCUCGAGAUGAGGUUCCCUCCCAGACUUGUCGUCAAUCCGACUCGGUCGAUGAUGAGGAAAUGAGAGGCAUCCUCAGCUACGAAUCAAACAGGGAAAGCGAUGAUAUUUCAGAGCCUAGCGAAAAAUCCCAGUCAAGGGCCGAGGAGCUUGUACGACUACAUCUCGAGCCCUUAGGUCUGCCCCAUUCUGCCAUCAUUUCGAUCCUUAGCACUCUCCAAGAGGAGUCGACAGGCCUUGAACGUGCUGCCCUACGGUUGCAAUCGUACCGAGAAGAUACAUCAUCUUCAUCAGCAUGCUACUUUUCAUCACCCAUUAUCUCUGGACUUUCAAUCUCCCUCGGUUACGCUGUUGGAGGCACCAUUCCACUCUUCCCCUACUUCUUUGCCAGUACAGUAGGGUUGGGUUUGCAAUGGAGUAUCGGGCUCUGCUUGGUUGUAUUGUUUGGGUUUGGAUUUGGAAAGAGCUGGAUUCUGAAGAGCCAAGAAUUGAGCGUUCGAGGGUGUCUUUUUGAAGGGCUGCAAAUGUUGAUAUUGGGUGUGGCCGCGGCAGUGGUUGCAGUUGCCUGUGUGAGGUUGGUGGGAGAGACCUCAUGACCUUGGCGAUGUUGAAUGGUAUUAGAGAAAUGAAUGUUCCUCUAGAGGUAUAGCUGAACAGUUUUAUACCGGAAGAUGCCUGGACAACUGAUUCUCUCCAUACAGGGUAUCACUGGCCAAUGUCAACCUCAAACCGUUUUUGGCCCAAGGCGGUUACAUGUGCAACAUGAUAGAAACGUAAACCGGUUCCUGAAUGAAUAAAAUGGAAUAAUAGGAUAAGAGUAUUACUUCAGGAUCUA